AACACGGGAGUGAAAAUGGACGAUGGUCUGCAGCUUGGAGACAGCGCUGUGAAAAAAACUGCUGCGAAAUCGGGACGAAGGGCUCGGCAACCUGCGGAGCCCCCGCCGCCGGACGAGCCGCGGAGCGCCUCUUCUGCUCCUGGUCAGGGAGCCCCUCCAAAACCCCUCCGACGGCAGGGAGGAUGGGCAGAGGAGACCCCCGGCACCGGCUCUGCAAAGUCUGGGAGACGACCUGCCACAGACGAGCUGGAGGACAGACGCCUGCAGCCACAAACUCCCCAGGAGUCCGAUGAUGAAGGAGACAUUCCUGUGAUCCCGGACCUGGAGGAGGUGCAGGAGGAAGACCUCACCAUGCAAGUGGCCGCCCCACCCAGUGUCCAGGUGAACCGAGUUAUGACCUACAGGGACCUGGAUAACGACCUGAUGAAGUUCUCGGCCUUUCAGACGCUGGAUGGUGAGAUUGACUUGAAGCUGCUCACAAAAGUUCUCGCACCUGAGCAGGAGGUGAGGGAGGAGGAUGUGGGCUGGGACUGGGAUCAUCUGUUUACAGAGGUGUCCUCAGAGCUGCUGACGGAAUGGGAUCAAGGAGAGAAGGAGGAUCAGCUCCCGCUGGCCGGGGUCUGACAGUCCAGCCCUAUCCCAGGCUGGGCCGGCGGCCUGAGAACUGCCACACUUUGGGUUGAUGUCACCUCCCGAGUUUGCCACUAGGGGGUGCUGCUGCCUCUGCGUUAGUACACAAAACAACAACUUUCCCGAACAUCAUUUGUGAUGCCUGUCGUUUCGGUAACAUAAACGGUAUGUAGUAAAUAUCCAACGUUUUAAAAAUAAAAUAGCUUUAUUUCAAGA